GGGGUCUGCUGCCUGCUGAUACAUUCAUACACACAGACACAGGUAGUCAGGUAGACGAUCUGCAGCGGAGGCCCGCCGCGAAACCCAGCACGACCGAUCCAUCCACCUCACACCGCGUCUUCGUCCAGCUCACUCCCCCGCCGCGCCCCCGCUCCGCUCCCCUCUCUUCCUCGCCGCGGGUCGCGCGCAGCCAGGCGCCGAGCCGCCGACCAGUAACCGACGUAUAUCUCAUCCUUCCCCCUCCCCCCUGCACAGCCCCCUCUACAACUCCCCGAUUAAACCCUAGAAUCUCCCAACUCCCAAAUGCGCGCCCCCACCUAGGCCCCCGAAUUCGGCAUCCGCUCCGCGGAAGGUGUGCAAGCCAGGGUGCACACAAUGAGUGCGGGUUUCAACAAGCAGAUACUGGCUCAGAAGCUUUCGAAGCUUAAUAGCUCACAGCAGAGCAUAGAAACUUUAUCACAUUGGUGUGUCUUUCAUCAUCGUUACUGCCAACAAGUUGUAGAAACAUGGGAUUGCGAGUUUCAUGCAGCUCCUGGAGAGAGGAGGGUAUCUUUGCUGUACCUUGCAAAUGAUAUUAUGCAGAAUAGCAGAAAAGAAGGCAAUGGAUAUAUAACUGAAUUCAUGAGGGUCAUCCCUGCUGCCUUGAAUGAAGUGUUGACUAUCAGAGAUGAUUUUGGGCGGAAUGUUCCAAAAAGACUGAUUGACAUAUGGGAAGACCGUAAAAUAUUUGAUACUCAGGCACAAAGCCUCAAAGAUGACUUUUUCAGAAGGUUAAAGGACAUUAGAAACAAAUUGAAAAAUACGGGCAGUGAGCUGCUGGAGAAGGUUGUCUCUAGCUACAAACAUGUCCUGAAUGCUCCUAUGGAUGAGGAUACUCUGAUGCGAAAAUGCCAAGCAGCUCUUAUCAAUUUUGAUGAACUCAAUAAAACGUAUGGAAACAACUCUGUUUUAGGUAGCAGCAAUCAAUCGGAAUUUAUGCAGGGGGUGCAGGAACAACACAACAUUCUCAGAAACUCCAUUGAACAACUCAAAUUGUCAGAAUCACUCAGGGCCACUCUGAUUUCUCAUUUGAAGGAAGCGCUGAAUGAGCAGGAGCUCAAAGUGGAACAAGUCAGAAGCCUGCUUCAGGCAGCUCAGCCUCGAUUCAAGAGAGCUGCUGAGCUCUGCGUGGGGCUUGGAAGCAACAUGGAAAUGCAUGAGCCAUCAAAUCAAGGGCAUAAGAGGUCUAGCCUCUCUGAUCCACUUAGUACUGUUGCUCCAGGAGCUGAGAAGUCUCUUCAAAAGGGACAGUCAAGUGCAGUGUUGUAUUCACAGGAGGGAAAUGGUUUUGAGCACAUCAUGACAGAGACAAAGCUUGCUGCAGGUGAUGCUUCAGACAAUAUACGUGGUGGUGAUUUGCCUUCACAAGUGAAUGGGGGCAACACCAAGCUGAAAAUAGAAGAGCACACUUCUGGUAACAAGAGGCAGAAGCUAGAGGAUGACACAGAUAUUUCUCAGCCUCAAUCACAGUCACCGCCACCGCCACCCCCAUUCCCUCAUCCUGACGCAUUCGAACCACCACCACCACCACCACCUGAGGUUCCUCCAUCACCAGAGCCUAGCCCACCACCACCGCCAACUUCACCGCCACCCAAUAUGAUCCCCCCGCCGCCGCCGGCAAUGCCACCCCAAAUGAUCUCACAUGUACCACCUCCAGCUGGUACAUUUGUACCUUUUCCUGCUGGACCACCUGGUCCAAUGUAUUCCAGCUACCCACCUUUUACUCCUGUGGUCAACUUCCCCAUAACCAGCCCACCAGCUGGUUUCCCUAGUCCAAGCCCGCCUCCGCCUUUUCAAGGAUUAGUGGGUACAUUCUAUGGCCCUCAGUUCCCCACCGCACCCCCACCAGCAGACAGGAAAUGAGUGUAGUAACCUACCGGCAGCCCCCCUCAUCAUACUAGUUUAUUUCCCCUUUUCAACAGAGAAUAUGACUCGGGGGGUGGGGGGGGGGGGGGGGGGGGGCGCUCCAUCAGCAUGUGUUGUGGAGCUCAGAAGAUUGUUGUAAAUUUAGCCAGUCAGUGCGCAGCAGUGAAUUUUCUGAACUAGUUGUGGUCUUGGUCCUGGAGUAGAAGUGUAGAACCUGUAGAUUUCGACUGCUAGAGAGAAUUAGGGAUUCUGAGAGCCGAGAACAAAUGCCUGCGACAGAUUAAUAAUAAGUUGUGGUCUUGUUGGAGUAAAAACUGUAGAUUCCCACAGCUUAGAGAGAGAGCAUGGAACUCGGUAGCAUGACAUGUUGUAACUCAUGUACAAUUGUGUUCAUUGCCAGAUCAUCCGAGAACAUGUACAUGUUCCCGUGAUGUUUUGAGCGUGUAAUUCUGUUGUUCUGUGUAAGAUAUGGCUUGAGCCGCUGUCGAUGGUUGAAACUUUUUGCUCUCGGUUAUUGUAUUGCCA